AUGAUAUUAUAAAAAAAAUCUUUUAACAGUUUAGAGGAAUUUUUAAACUCUUCAGAUUAAUCUUAUUAGAUUCUCCAUAUUGAUCUUAAAGGAAAUGAAAUUGGUGAUGAAGGUUUAUCAUGUUUAUCUCUUGGUUUAGGAAAGUGCACUACUCUCUCAGAUUUGAUACUUGAACUUUGUGGCAAUAAAAUUGGUGCAAUUGGUGUAUCAGGGUUAGGUGUUGAUUUAGGAAAGUGCACUAGUCUCUCUAAUUUGACACUUGAUUUUCUUUGGAAUAAAAUUGGUGAUAAAGGUUCAUCAGAAUUAGGAUCUGGUUUAGGAAAGUGCACUAAUCUCUCAAAUUUGACCCUCAAUUUUUAAGGCAAUGAUAUUGGUGAUGAAGGUGCUUUAGGCAUAGGUUUUGGUUUAGGAAAGUGCACUAAUCUCUCAAAUUUGACACUUAGUCUUCCUGAUAAUGAAAUUGGCUCAACUGGUGCAUCAGGCUUAGCUUCUCAUUUAGGAAAUUGUAUUAAUCUCUAAAAUUUGAUACUUAAUCUUGGUUGCAAUAAAAUUGGUGAUUAAGGUUCGUCAGGGUUAGGUUUUGAUUUAGGAAAGUGUACCAGCCUCUCAAAUUUGGUAAUUGAUCUUCUUGACAAUCAAAUUGGCUCAAUUGGUGCAUCAUAAUUAGGUAAUAAUUUGGGAAAUUGCACUAAUCUCUCAAAUUUGACACUUAAUCUUAGUGCAAAUGUAAUUGACGAUGAAGGUGCAUCAGGCUUAAGUUUUGGCUUAGGAAAGUGUGGAAAUCUCUCAAAUUUGACACUUGAAUUUUGUUGCAAUAAAAUCGGUGAUGAAGGUGCUUCAAAUAUAGUUUCAGGUUUAGAAAAAUGCACUAAUCUCUUAAAUUUGAAUAUUGGUCUUAGUUAUAACGAAAUCAACAAUCAAUCAUAAGUAAAAAGCAUGUAUCUUAAAUUUAAAAGAUUAGUUGUUUUUAGAAUAAAAUUCUGA